CUCCGUCACCGCCACCCUUUACACGGAGCUAGCAACCUCUUCCCGCACCAUUGAGCUGGAAUGGAGGAGCUUCACGAAUCUCUGGAAGACGUUUUGCUGUUCACCCUUGACGACCUCCUUGGGGAAGAUUUCAAGAGGUUCAAGCACAAACUCAGCUUUUCCUACCUGGAGGAGAAGGACCCCAUUCCCUGGAGCAAGUUAAAGGAUGCCCAUACACUGGACGUGUUGCGGCUUCUCUUGGAGGCCUAUGGAGAGCAGGGCGCGCAAGAUGUAACCAUCAAAGUCCUCCGUGCCAUCAACAUGCGAGAUUCCGCCUCUCGACUCCAAAAAUGGAAGUAUGAUGAGUUCAGGAAGAAAUAUAAGAGGCACAUCCAAGGGGUUUUUCAAAAUCUUCCUCAACUUGGCCCGCACCCCAAUCGGAAGGUGUCCCUCCAAGAAAACUAUGUAGAACUUCUUCUCAAGCGGAGAUCGGAUCUGCCCAAAAGAGGUCAUGAGAUGAUGGCCGUGGAAAGAAGGCACCGGGAGAUGAAGACCAAUCCAAAAGAUGGUCCGGAGGUUGACCUGGAGAACUUAUUUCAUCCACAUCCUGAAGGAGAAAACUCAAAAACUGUCCUGUUGCUUGGACCUUCUGGGGUAGGUAAAACCACAGCCGCGUGGAAAUUCAUGUUGGACUGGGCAUCAGAUAAACUAUGGCUGACCAAGUUUGAUUACGCCUUUUAUAUCUCUUGCAACGCCCUCCGAUGUGGCCCUAAGCUUAUGAGCGCAACGGAGAUGAUCCUCAACGGUUGUCCUCCAGGAAUGGUUUCCAUGGAGGACGUUUUGGCCAACCAAGAAAGCCUCCUCCUCAUCGUUGAUGGUUUUGAGGACUUGAAACUCUGUGAUGACCCAGCUCAUACACUGAACAAGGAUCCCCAUCGAAAGCAAGAGGUGGUCAACCUGUUGAUGGGUCUGCUUAGGAAAAAGAUCUUCCCCAAGUGUCAUCUCCUGGUGACCACAAGGCCUAUGGGGGUGAGACCACUGCUGAAGUGUCUGAGAUCACCACUCUUGGUAGAUGUGUUGGGUUUUGACCCUCUUCACAGGAAGGAAUAUUUCCACCGCUUCUUUCCAAAUACGGGACAAGCCAACCAGAUCUUUGAACUGGUCCAAAGAAAUGAGACUCUUUUCAGGAUGUGCUUCCUCCCCGCAACCUGUUGGGUCGUUGGCUCCGUUUUUCAACAAAACCCACAAGCAGAGCUUCUUCAAGACAUCCCAGAAACGGCCACGCUUACCGAAAUUCACCUGCGUCUCCUCUUGACUUUCUUGGGGACCAAUUCCAAGCCAAGCCACCUGGAAGACCUCUGCGCUUUAGCAAAAGAUGGAAUACUCCAGGGAACAUUGGUUUUCCGUGAAGAAGAGCUAAAGGAACGUGGUUUGGAUUGUUACUUGGCUUCAGACCCUCCUUCUGCAAGUCAGGAAGUCUUGCGCCAAGACGUUCGGGUGGAGACCUUGUUCAAGUUCAUCCACCUGGGUUUCCAGGAGCUUUUUGCGGCCUUGUUCUACCUGCUCGACACUAAGACAACCAGAACACCUUACCAAGACCUAUUUGGAGAUCAGAAGGAGUGCAAGAGCAAGUAUCUCAUGUUGAUCCAUUUUCUCUAUGGCUUGUCCAAUGUGGAAAGGAUGAGCGUCCUUCAAGAAUCCUGGUCUUUCAAGCUAUCCGAGACUAAAGUUUCGCCAGAAUUGCUAAGGUGGGUGGAUCAGGAAGCCAAGGCGCACUCCUUUAAAAGGGAAGAGGAUCUGCUGGAAUUGUGUCAUUGUGUUUACGAAAUGAAGGACGGGGUCUUUGCCCGGAAAGCAAUGAAGAAUGUCCAUGAUUUGGAUCUCAGAACACAACUUUUAACCAAGCUGGACUUGGACGCUUUAUUGUUUUGCCUGUCAGCUGUUGAAGCUUUGAAUUCAAUCCGUCUCUCUGGCUGUGAGUUUGGACCUCGAAGAUUCCGACAACUUUUGACAGGAUUCCUGAAAUCUUCAGAGAUCCAGCUGAACCGCUGUGGUCUCUCUCCCACCUCAUGCAAAGACUUGGCACCCAUCACAAUGGCCAACGCAAGGCUGACCGGUCUGGACUUGGGUGAAAAUCCCUUGGAGGAUUCUGGGGUUUUCUAUUUGUGUGAAUGGCUGCUUCAGCCCACCUGCCCACUUCAAACCCUCAGGCUGCCUUCCUGCAACCUCACGGCUGCCGUCUGCCGGCCCCUUUCCCAAGUCCUGGAAUCCAGCUCUUCCCUUCUGGAGCUCCACCUGGGGGCGAACCCUCUGGGCGACGGGGGAGCAAAGCAGCUGUGCCAAGGGCUGGAUCACCCCUCUUCUCGGCUGCAGAGACUCAUCCUUCACUCCUGUGGCCUGACCGCUGGUGCAUGCGAAGGCUUGGCUUCUGUUCUGGAAACCAGCGAGACCCUCGUGGAGCUGAACCUGGGCGAUAACAGCCUGGGAGAUGAAGGGGUCAGGCAGCUGUGCCAAGGGUUGAGACAAAGGCACUGCAAGCUUCAAAGGUUGAUACUGACAAGGACAGCGUUGAACCGAAACACAAAGGCGAAAUUGGAGGCCGCUUGUAUGAGGCAUCCUGGCUUAGUUCUAACUUCCUACUAUCCUCCGGAUUUUCCCCGCUUCCCAGGCUUCCAAUGCCACGUGACGGAGGCGUUUUCCUGGAGAGCGAAUUCCGCCCACAGCAGCUCUGGACCAAUAGGAAGAAAAGGGCGGUGCUCCCUUUCUGCGCAGGCGCACGUCUUUCCCGCCCUCUGCGUUGGGCGCAUGCGCAGCCCUUCUUUCGCGCUGAGGGAACCUGGAAGGCGCCAUUUUGGUUGCCGAGCGGCGGCGUCGGUGGCCAUCGCACUGCAGACCAUGGAGAAUUACCAGAAGUCCAAGGUGGUGGAGAAGCCGCCUCCCCUCCCUUUCGCCAACUUGCCCUCAGACAUCAUUGAAAUGAAAGUGAAGGAUGGGAGCAAGAUCCGGAAUCUGAUGGGCUACGCCAUUGGCAAGAUGGAGCAAGAGACCACGAGGCAGAUGCUCUUCAGCGGAGUCGGCAAAGCCAUCAACAAGACCAUCACCUGUGUGGAGAUCAUGAAGCGGAGGCUGAAGGGCCUCCACCAGGUCACCAAAGUGUUCUUUCAGCAAAUAGAGGAGAUCUGGGAGCCCAUCGUGCCCGAGGCUGGCCUGGACCCCUUGACCGUGAAGAGAAACAUCCCUGCCAUUUGUGUUCUGCUGAGCAAAGACCCGCUAGAUCCUCAGGAGCCGGGGUAUCAGGCUCCCGGCUCUUUCAAUGCCUUCUGGCUGGAAACACUGAAUUCGGAGUCCCAGAGUCAGCCGAAAAGGAAGAAAGGCGGCGGGAGAGCGGCCAGCCAUGCAGGAAAACAUCCUUCCUCAGCUUUUUGAGAAGAAUCCCCAAAAAAGUGAUAAGCCUCAAGUCGAGCUGAGUAAAUUACUUGCCUACAGAGCCAGAGAAAACCGGUCGCUUUUCACAUUGAGAGAGGAAGAUUGAGGAUCCCGAGGGAAGGAAAGAGGCUGAUUUAAAGGAAGUAGAAGAAAAGAGGCUUGAAAUUUCGGAACUGCCUGGGUCAGGUUGAUCAUCAGCACCUGGCAAGGUGGUUCUUUUUUUCCUUUCGGAAGGAAAGAAAUGCUCUGGUGGGUUGUUUUGAGUUCUUGAAGCAAUAAUGAUUAAAAAAAAAAAGAGCCUUCCUGGUUGAGGGAGAUGUGGAGAAUCUGCCUGUUUACCAAGGUGGGGUAGCUAUGACGUUUGCCUGUUUUCCUCAGGGGAUGAGUAUUGAAUGUUACACGAAUCUUAGGAUCUACUUAUGUGAGAGGGCAGGUAUCCUUUGCUUCCAUCAAAAUUUGAUGGCGACAGGAGAAGGGUGCUCUGUUUUUUUUAAUAAUAUUCUCUGGUUUUAACACUGGGCUCUCCAAACUUGGCAGCUGUAAGACUUGUAGACUUUAACUUCCCAUGCGCUGGCUGGGAAUUCUGGGAGUUUGAAGUCCACAAGUGGCCAAAUUUGGAGACCCCCUGCUGUAACCGAAGCAACUGCCUUCCCGUGAAGAGAUUGCCUUGUUUGAUACAGCAUAAAGAUGAGACGGUCUUGUCUUGACUGCCCUGCAUGCAGAAGGUGCAGCUUAUCAUGUCUAAAGACGGUUGGAAAAAUGCUGAGGUUAUUUGAUUGUUAAAAAAAAAACAUAGAUUGUACAACAGUACUAUUUUAGUAUAUUUUAUUUAUAGGGGUUUUUUUUCAACGUUUGAAAAGGUUUCUUUGGUCUAUGAAAGGGUGGUUGCUAGUUCAGACAAUUGAUCGUUAUCUCCAGUCCUUCUGUUUCCCUCCAUAAGUGGUGCCUGAGUGUUGCCUGAGAAAGUGAAAGAUGUCAUGAAGAGCAUUUUCCCUUUUUAGCUGAUGCAACUGCGGUUCUCCGUUUAUCUGUGAAAGCAUUGAUGCUCCAGAGAUCCUACAUGGGGCAGGAAUUUUAUCUGUGGCUGCGUUGACAAUACUGGUGGAUUAUUUGCGUUCAAUCAUACCAUUAAAAAAAAUUCUUAGUA